AUGAUAAUGGAAACGCAAAUAGCUGACCUGGCCAUAAUCGGUGCUGGCUGGCACGGUCUCGCGGCUGCCAAAUCAGCACUCGCGCUAGAUCCCAGUGUCCAUGUGGUGGUUUUGGAUUCCGCCGCUUCGGUAGGGGGUGUCUGGGCAGAGGAACGCUUAUAUCCGGAUCUCAGGACGAAUAAUCUACUAGGGUCAUACGAAUAUAGUGACUUUCCUAUGAUGGACAAUAUUCCCGGUUUAGUUAAGGCCGGUGAGCAUAUGACAGGCAGAGCGAUGCAUGAAUAUCUGAAAGCGUACGCUGCCCACUUCGGGAUCAGCGAUAAAAUUAAUUUGAAUUGCAAUGUUGACAGCGUGGAAUACUGCGAGGGAGAUGGAGGGGGAAAAGAGUGGAUCAUUGAAUGCACAACAACAGUGGAACCAGGAAACAAGAAGAGUAAUACUAUACGGACGCGGAAACUGAUUCUCGCCACGGGGCUUACCUCCCAGCCGCGUAUUCCUACAUUCUCUGGCCAGCAAACUUUCAACGCGCCAUUGUUCCACGCAAAAGAAUUCGCCCGUCACCAAGACAUCAUCUUCGCUAAGCCCAGCAAUCUCAACUUGAACACAAGCGACCAACAAGAAGGUACUCGCGACGACCACACACCAAUAACGGUCCUCGGCGGGAGCAAAUCCGCAUGGGACACCGUCUACGCCUGCGCGUCAAAGGGACACCACGUCAAUUGGGUCAUUAGGCCCUCUGGGACUGGGCCCGCGUGGGUGAGCCCGGCCGCUGUUUUCUCGCCCUUCAACCUCCUCCUUGAAAGUCUCCCUCUCGUGCGUGCCUUGGGCUGGUUCAGCCCCUGCGUCUGGGUAAGCCAUCCGAUACGCAACUUCUUACAUGGGACAUGGCUCGGCCGUAUUAUUGUGCGUCUGUUCUGGGCCUCCUUGGAGUGGGAUAUGGUUCGGGCCAAUCGAUACAGUGAUCACGAGGAGACGGCAAAGCUAAGACCCUGGUUUAAGCUUAUCUGGAUGGGGACCGCGGUGAGUAUUAUCAAUUUCCCUGGUGCCGGCGAUUUCUUUGGAUUGAUCCGGCGGGGACUGGUGAAGGUGCAUAUUGCCGAUAUCGAGCGGCUGGAGCCUCAUAGGGUCAUUCUGUCCAACGGUGGCAUUGUGCUGGAGACGAGGGCACUUAUCCUAUGCACAGGCUGGAAAGUAUCUCCUGGCAUUCGGUUCUUGCCUGAUGGAGCCGAACAAGCGAUGGGCUUUCCGUGGGCUGCGGACCCAAUUGAUCAGGAGCUCGUUAAGCAGGCCCGCAAAGACGUAUGCACGCCUCUACCCAUGCUACACACCGGCCCAGAGAGAAGAACCUACCACACGAAGGAUGCGGAGGGUCAAAUUCACACUACUGAAACCAUUCUGCACCCCUUCCGUCUUGCUCGCUUCAUCGUUCCCCCCGGGCUAUGGGAUGACCAUAGUAUCGCCUUCCUAGGGACUGUGACCACGUUCAACACACCCCUUGUCGCUGAAGUGCAAGCCCUGUGGGCGCUAGUCUACCUUAACCACGGGUCUGAGCUUCACCAUAAUCAUCAAGACAAGGAGUCUAUAGUUAGCGAGACAGUACUACACACAGAGUUCUGUGCGCUGCGCUCCCCGGCGGGCCAUGGGGUGCGGACUGCCGACUUUGUCUUUGAGAUCAUGCCGUAUUUGGAUCUCUUGCUUGGGGAUUUGGGUUUGAGGACUGCGAGGAAAGGGUCGUGGUGGCAAAGCCUUUUUGUUCCACACCGGCCUAGGGAUUAUGCCGGGUUGGUGGAGGAGUGGAAGCCACGCCUACAUACUUCUCAGGAGGGGCGGAAGAUGAAGGACACCUAG